AUGGAUCCCCAAUUCAGAUCAGAAAGUAUUCAAAGUCCAGAGUUCUUACAAAAUAAAGUACUCAUCGAGAGUUUGGUGGCUGAUAAAAUUGCACUUCAAAGACGCUUAGAGCGUAGUGAAAUCGUUAGAGAAAAAGCUAUACAAUUGGUAGCCAAAUAUGAACCAGUUUCAAUUGAAAGAGGUGAAAAUGGAUUGAUAUUUACAUUAUCUAAUGGUAUUGAACAUACAAGUUUGGUCAACUCAAGCUUUUUAGGUACAGUUGGUCCUAUUAUUCACACUAAUAGACCGAUAGUUGGUUCUCCUGCUUUCCCAAUUAAUAGUAAUGUCCCAUCAAAUCCUGUACAACCGCAAUAUGCAACAACAUUUAUUCCUCAAGUUGUUGGGAAGGUUAAUCCACAGGUUGCACCUCAAAAUGUACCUCAAGUGUCAUCAAAAGCAUCAUCCCAAGCCCCAUCAAAGGCGCCUUCAAAUUCAUCUUCAAAUUCAUCUUCAAAAGCACCACCACAAGCACAACCACAAGCGCCAUCACAAGCACCAUCAAGAGCACAUUCACAUGUUUCUAUGAAGGUUUCACCACAGAUCAGUAAUCAAAAAAAUGUUCAACAACCUGCACAAAAUAAUACUAGCUCAAGUAAUGGCAAAACUCAAGAAGUAACAGCAUCAAAAGAAAUCUCCAAUCCACCAAAUCAUAAACCAUCUCCAGAAUUACAAAAAUUACAGGCACAAACCAUCAAAAGACUUCAACAACAUCAAGAUUCAUUAAGCCCAGGGUCUGUAUCACCACAGGAUAGUGAACCAAGUAUCACCAAUUCAAGAUCACCAUUUGUGGAUACAACUAAUACUGAUACCACUAAAAAUUCACAAGUUUUGAAUAUUCAAAAACCAAAUAAUGAUUCUAAUGUACCUAAAUCAACAACCAAAUCAAGGAAUUUAUUUUUCUUACCAAACACCGAUUCUUUUGAUAAUUCUAGACCAAAGGUAAGUACUGAACCAUCAAGUGAUAGAAGUAGUGCUUACGCUACACCUGAAAAAGGCUCAGAAAAUGAAAAUACUCCAAAUGAAAAAAACUUGGAAGCUGUAAGCUCAUCAAAAGUACCAUCUAAAGAGUCAUCAGAUCAAACACCUCAUGCACCACAACCAUCAACUACAGCUUCCACACCUGAAGAAUCCGAACAACCACAAACUAGAGAGCCUACGCAACCAAGUUCAUCAACUUCACCACAAUCAAACCCAAUACAGCAUUCUACAAACACGAAUGAUAACAGUGAUCAAAGUUCUUCAACACCUCAAAAGAGAUCCGAAGAUGAGUUGUCAACACCUGAUCCUAAGAGAUCCAAACCAAAUGAACCAAGAACAUAUCAACAAUAUGAAACUGUUUCUAAAUGUCUUGAUUUUCUACAUUCAUCAGAUUAUGCAUUAGUGGUAUCGCUAGAAUUGAAUCAAAAUAAGAGAUAUAAGAACCUUGAUACUCUAUUGGAUCAUAUUUACUACCAUUUCUGUUUAAGAAAUAGAGUUUUAUUAGCAGCAAAGAAGACAGAUUUAUCAAAAGGUGGUGUUUGUCAAUAUCAUUGUCAUACAUGUGCUAAAAUCAUUUUGAAAGCCACAGUCUAUCCAAAUCAAGAAGCUUCUAUAACGUUUUUAGAUAAAAAUCAUGAAUGUUCAUUUGAUAAUAUUAUGGGUAAAUUUAAAAUUUUAUGGAAAUCAGAUCCAAAUGUUUCAUCAAAACUAAAAAUUUAUCAAGAUUUUUUCAAUCAAAAUGGGUUAUCUAAAGUUAAAAGUUUAAUUUAUCAAUAUGGGUUAAGAAAAAAAUCACAAUCAGAAAUUAGUAAACAAACUGCUGGAUUCUUGAAUUCACAUCCAGUGUUAUUAGGUGAUUUAGUUAAAGCCGUGGAUAAUACUAAUGAUCAAUUAACCCAUUUAUUAAGUUUAUACGUGUUACGUCUUACAGAUAAAGAUGUUAACGAUGAUACUCUAAGACAAUUUGCUUCUAAUCAAGGGCUUCAAUUUGUUUAUAAUACUAAAUGA